AGCACGGACAUGGAGUGUGAGCAGUGCCAGUGCCACGGCCAGGACAAGCGCACUGCCAUCCUCUACACCCUGCUCAGCCAGAACCUCAGCCAGGGCCAUGCUGGCCGUGGGCAGGCCCCGCAGGGCUGCCUGUGCCAGCAGCGCCGCACCGUCUGCCUCCGCACCCCCCACGCCACCUGCCAGGCUGCCUCCAACGUGCUGGUCAAAACCAUCAGCUUCAUCAAGAACCUCCCUUCCUUCCACCUGCUGCCAAGAGAGGAUCAGCUCCUGCUGCUGGACAGCUGCUGGGUCCCCCUCUUCCUCCUGGGGCUGGUUCAGGAGAUGGUGACAUUUGAGGUGAUGGAGACCCCAGCCCCCAGCAUGCUCAAGAAGAUCCUCCUGGAUGGGCAGAACCAGCAGCAGGAACCUGAGCGGACACAGCCCACACUGGCUGCUGUGCAGCGGCUGCAGUGCUGCCUCAACACCUUCUGGAGCCUGGACCUGAGCCCCAAGGAAUAUGCCUACCUGAAGGGAGCCAUCCUCUUCAAUCCUGAUGUCCCUGGGCUGAGGGCCUCACUGUACAUCGAGAGCCUGCAGCGGGAGGCGCAGAGAGCGCUGCAGGAGGUGCUGCAGCCGCUGCACCCUGAGGACCAGGGCCGCUUCGCUCGCCUGCUGCUGGUGGCUUCCACCCUCAAGUCGAUGCCUCCUGCCCUCAUCACCAACCUCUUCUUCCGCCCUGUCAUUGGCAACGCUGACAUCGUGGAGCUCAUCGCAGAGAUGCUCUACGAGAUCACGGGGGGGCAGCUGGCCCCCAGCCUGCCCGGGGCCCACGCCAGCCAUGGGCAGCCCCGAGCCCCACAGCGCCGUGACGUGCGUCCCUGUGUCCCCAUCGGGACCUGGCGACCCCCCGCCCCUCGCUACGCCCCUCGCCAGGCUGUAGAGCUCCAAGCAGCCACCAGGCGGCGCCCUCCGUGA